AUGGAUGAGCUGGUGCACAGAAAGAUGCCGACAGCGACCAUAGCAGGAGACGAAGAUAUAUACACUGACAUUAAUGUCGAUCCCAAGGUAGAAAAGUUGUCGAAAUUUGGGCUCUAUGUCGCGGAGUGCCUUCCGAAAUAUGUUCAGAAGGUUGAACUUGGCCAUGUAAAGGAGCUGGACAUUCUUAUUCACCCGGACGGAAUUAUCCCUGUUAUAUCGUUCUUACGAAACAAUCAAAACGCACAAUUUUCACAGCUUAUAGAUAUUACUGCUAUUGAUGUACCAUCUCGACCCUUCCGAUUUGAGGUUAUAUAUAACCUUCUUUCCCUGCGGUACAACUCUAGAGCACGCGUCCGGACAUACACAGACGAACUCACACCAAUAAGUUCCAUUUGCGGCGUCUACCAAGCUGCCAACUGGUUUGAACGAGAAGUAUGGGAUAUGUAUGGCGUGUUUUUCUCCGAUCAUCCAGACCUGCGUCGGAUUUUGACGGAUUAUGGCUUCCAGGGCCACCCUCAACGUAAGGAUUUCCCUCUGUCUGGAUUCACUGAGAUGCGUUACGAUGAAGAACUGAAGCGAGUUGUAAUCGAGCCUGUUGAAUUGGCCCAGGAAUUCCGUAAAUUUGAGUUCAACACGCCCUGGGAGUCAUUCCCCAAAUUCCGGGAUAAUGAAAAGAAUACUGCUAAGCUCGCUGAUGCACAAGAAGUCCCCAAAAAAGAACUUCCAGCCAAGUAA